CAGAGGAGGAGGAAGUAGGAAGUGUCCAAAGAUGGCUUCGCGCACUGAGGCAGGGGCCCGAGAGCUUUUCCAGUAGGAGCGGGCGGAUUUACCGUGGCAGUAGGGGGCAAACGGACACAGGACUCUAAAUGGCUUCUAGGAAGUCUGCGUCGGAUUUACAGGGGCCUUCCAGUUACCUAGAGGACGUCCCGUUCAAGAUUGGCGACAAGUUCAGAGUGCCGGAUAAGGUUGGGUUACCCGUUGGGUUCUGUGUGCCCGACAUCGCCCAGCUCAUAGGAGAAGCUCACUAUGAUUUUUCAUUGGAGAAGAAAGCUAUCCAGUGGGCUGAGGAAAUCAGGAAGAUCAAAGCUAUCCAGAAGGCAGCCGAGCUGAAAGCCGAAGCCGCGCACGCCCAAGCUGAUGCCGGCCCGGCGGACAGCCGCACCGGCGAUGAAAACCUUGGCGUUCCGCCUCCCAUCAACCCUAUUCUGGCCAGCUUGCAGCACAACAAUAUUCUGACUCCCACCCCAGCCGACAGCAGUGCCACAAACAUGAAGGUGAUGAGUCCGCCUCACGUCAACGCCGACUUCAACCCUGCGGACUUCGAGUGUGAACAGGAUCCGUUUAACAAUGUAGAGCUAAAAACCCUCAAUGACAGAGAAGAGUUAAAAAGCAUUCUUGACAUCCAUGUUCAUCCUGCAGCGAACCCGGACCCCUCUGCCAUUGGAAACGUGCAGAGCUCUGGCUCGUCGGGCAACGGCGAGGACCUCUCCACCUCCACGAAAGAAGAAGCCGUGGACUUCAAGCUUCUGCGCAAACCCAACGGCUUCAUCACUUUGCCACAGUUAGAAAACUGUGAACUAGUACCCCCGUCUUCCAAAGUGUCCCUUGCACCCAUCGCCUCGGUGAGCAAUAUCAAAUCGCUCUCCUUUCCUAAGUUGGACUCUGAUGAUGGAGAUCAGAAAAUGUCCCUGUUUGCUAGCACUUUUCUUAGUACAUCUUGUCUACCCAAUGGCACUUUCAUGGAUUCUUUAAGAGCCUCCUCUAAGCCGAGCCCCAGUGAGCUGAACGGACACCACGGCACCGGCACCGGCCACCGCGUCCUGCGCUCACCUGAAACGGAAGUCAUCGGAACCUGUAAGACUGUCGAUCUCCCCGUUCCAGUGCCCAAAGUGCCCAACAAAGUCGCCUUUGUUAAGCAGCGGAGCGUGCCCGGCUACGAGGAGCUUCUGCAAGCGCUCUCCAGCAGCGAGAGGGAGUGCGCGGAAACCAUCGUCAGCAUGGGAUACUCGUACCAGCACGUCAUGAGAGCCAUGCAGAAACAGGGGCAGAACGUGGAGCAGGUGCUCGAGUACCUGUUCGUUCAUUCCCAGCUCUGCGAGAAAGGCUUCGACCCUCUCCUGGUGGAAGAAGCUCUGGAAAUGAACCAGUGCUCAGAGGAGAAGACGGUUGAAUUUCUCCAGCUGAUGAGUAAAUUCAAAGAAAUGGGAUUUGAGCAAAAAGACAUUAAAGAAGUUUUGUUACUACAUAAUAAUGACCAGGACAAAGCCCUGGAAGAUCUAAUGGCCCGCGCGGGGGCCAGCUGAAUCCUCCUUCCGUAUCAUUCCAGAUUUGGAGAUAAAGAACGCUUUGUUUUUUUAUUUUGGGUUGGAAAAUCGCAUAUCAAGCUUUACCUUCCGGAGCA